AUGUUACGGAGGAGAAUGCUGUUCCCGCCUCUCCGAGCAGAAUUGAAGAAACUGAAUGAAUCCAUUGCAUCCCGUCUUUGGUUAACAACAGCUCCUACUCAUUCCGUAUCUAAUGUAUUCUACUUUCCCGAUCUUCUCCUUGGGUACCUCCAUUCAAUCCCACAAGUCACCUACUCCGGACAUGACCUGUCUGUCAGCAUCGACAGCACCGACAUCAGCACCAACCCCCGCACUGUCCAUCUUCCGAAUUGGUCUCUUUUCUUCAACAUUCGAUUUACCCUUUUCAUUAUCGUCCUUCUUGAUUCCGUGGUUCCAUCUUUUACUGCUUUGGAAACCUUUCCCGUUCCGGCGCUCGGCUCGCUCCCUCCUGGUCGGGUCAUCCGAAAGCUCCAGCUAGACUAUCGUAUGGCGUCUUCUCUUUCGAGUCGACGGACCUUAUCGGGGUUUCCUUUACUCACUGCCGAGGAAUUUGAAACCGCCUGUCACGCCUUUCUAGGUCGGGUUCACGUGGUGGAUGAUAGCAAGGUGGGAUGGUCCUCCAUCCGUCUCGAUCAGCGGGUAAGUUAG